GAUCACCAGUGUCAACCAGGACAGCUCCCGUCGGUAGCAUUCGUAUGUCCGAUUCGGCGGGUAUGGACACGAUCAUCAACGACCUGAAGGAGGCGCCAGAUGUCGAGGUUUUGACGCUCAAAGUUUCCAAGUGCGUCCAGCAGGUGGCACAGCCGGCUUUCUUCCUCCGACUAGCGGAGCUUGCGGAGACAGCGGAGGACGAACAGCAGCGUGUCAAACUCGAGAACCUCGCCACACAGGUUACCAGCGUGCUCGAGAGGCUGGUGGAGUUCGCGGAGGAAAAAAUGGACGAUUCUUCGUCCCUUCUACAGAUCGUAGUCACCAGCGCCGCGGAGAAGAACGGAGAGUUUCUGGUGCCCCUCUCCGAGGAACGCCUGACCGCGCUGCGCCAAAGCAUGAAGAUUCACCGAGACCAGCUCGACAACAACUUCCUCGCUACGGUCCAAGCGUGGAUGGAGAAGAGCGGCAAGGAGGAGGAGAUGCAAGGCAUGGUCGUCAUCCUUCAGAAGAUCCUCCAGAUGUAUGCGUCGCAAGAAAUUCUCCUGGGCAGCGCCGAACCCAGCGCUACCGGCGAGGCCGGCGAGGCCGACGCCGCCGCGCCCAAGAAGCGCACCCCCGCCCAGCUCCUCUUGGAGGAGAUCUUGAACAUGGACGCCGACAAGUGGGACGGUGUGCUGGCCGGCCUUUCCGCGGUCGGGCGAGGCAUGACCGGGGGCGUUACGAAGGACGGGCUCUUGGGGGCCAUCCAGGUGGCGGUUGAGAGGGUGAUCUUGCAGCAGGAGAACGGCAGCAUGGCCCAGAGAGUGCAGGCCGAGUUCCUGUCGGAGCUCUGCAAGCGAAUAGAGGCCGCCUGCCCCGAGCAGCCGCUGGGGCCGGGGAUGCUUGAGUAG